ACUUCAAACCGUGGACAUCUUUAAUUCCGCCCCAAAGAAAUCAUUCUUCGGUAUUGUAGAAAAGUUUAACUCCUUAGGCCUCACCAAACAUUUCAGCACAAAGGCCCCUAUAAAUACUGCCAAGAAUCAGUCAGCAAGCAUAGAAAUAAGUUUUGGCACAAGUAAAGCAAGAAAAAAUACGCCCUCAUCCUGUUAUGGCCACAAUAAGCAUGCCUCUGUUUUUGUCCCUGCUGAUUAUUUGUGCCAAUUCCAUGCUUCAUUUGGCCGAUGCCACCAAUAAACCUGUGUUCAUUCUUGGUGAUUCAACAGCUGACGUUGGAACUAAUAACUAUAUUGCAAGCACGUUAAAAGCCAAUUUCCCCCACAAUGGCGUUGACUUCCCCAAGCGCCAGGCAACUGGGAGGUUCAGCAAUGGUUUCAACAGCGCUGACGAACUUGCAAAACUUUUCGAGUUGAAGAUGAGCCCACCUCCUUUUCUGUAUCUCCUUACGCUUGGAUCUGGUUUCCAACAACACAUCUGCAACGGUGUAAACUUUGCUUCUGGGGGUGCUGGACUCCUAGACAUAACUAAUAAUAACAAUACAGUGCCCUUAUCGGAACAGAUCAAUCAGUUCACUACAGUGCGCAAUAACUUCACUGCCAUGAUAGGCGAACCUGCGACUGAAGUAAUGCUCAAUAAGUCUUUGUUCUUCAUCAGUAUCGGGAGCAAUGACAUUUUUGGUUAUUUCAACAGAAGCGAUGGGACACCUCCAGACAGCUUCAUCACUAUGAUGCUAUCAGCAUAUUCUCAGUACAUCACAACGUUGUACGGACUUGGAGCAAGAAGAUUAGGCAUCAUAAGCGUUCCACCAGUAGGUUGCUGUCCACUUUCAAGACUAAUCCAAUUGAACUCCACCGGCACCAACGGCUGCUUCCCUCCCAUGAAUGAUUUUGCUCAGGCGUUCCACUUAGCCCUCGACGGCCUUCUACUCAACAUCAGCUCACAGCUUCCAGAAAUGAAGUACUCUCUUGGGAAUACAUUCAAUAUGACUCUUGAUGUCAUUAAUAUGCCAUCAAACAAUUCACUAUUCGGCACGGUGGAUGGAGCAUGCUGUGGGCAUGGCACUUUGAGCGCUGAAGGCCCCUGCAACAGAACAGCAGCACUUUGUCCAGACCGCAACGAAUAUCUGUUCUGGGACAUGUUCCACCCGACUCAGAAAUCCUGUUACCUCGCUGCUCAAGAAUUCUAUAACGGCCCAACUUAUGUUUCACCAAUUAGCUUUAGUCAGUUGGCACAGGACAACUAGCUACAUAUCCAGCAAAGCAACAACAAGGGUGUUGAUAAUAAGUGCCAUUGCCGAAGAUGCCGUGAUUAUGUAUGUGUUGUAGUUAAUAAUGUUCAUGAUUACUUCGAAACAAUUUCCUGUAACUGGAGUAUUAUCUAAUUCCAAUAACUGUUGGAACAAUAUAUAUAUUAAAACUUGAUAU